ACUUUAAAAACCUCUCUAGAAGUUGCUUACUAAGCUGGAUGUGACGAUGCGUCUUUGAUAUCUAAGGUUCAUUGGUUAAUAGCUCUUAUAAAGUGAUAUCUUUUAUUGAAUUUGGGUUAAAUUAUUCAUAAGCAGGAGUGGUAAAAGAUGUUGAACGAGAAACUCCAAUACUUGUUGGAGUCUGCCCAUCAUUAUUUUCAAGGACAAUGGAAUACAGUUUGGGAAUGGUUUGGAAAUGAUGAAUUCAACUUAGUGGUUUGGGGCUCAGUAAUUGUUACAUUUCUUAUUUUCUGGAUUCCUGGAAUAUGUUUCUUAACAAUUGAUUUGAGUGGCAAGCCAAACUUCUUACAGAAGUACAGAAUUCAGAAAAUCUCCAAAUAUCAGAAAAUGAAGUUUAGCGAAGUUUGGAGAGAUUCCAAGCAAAUAAUUUAUAACCAACUUGUGUGUGGCAUUCCUAUGUCAGUGCUAUUUUAUCACGCUGUGACAUGGAGAGGCUGCGAUACCAAAAAUGUUCCAGCUUUUUCACGCAUCAUCUUGGAUCUCGUGUUCAUCGUUCUCCUGGAAGAAAUUGCAUUUUACUACUUGCACAGGUUUUUCCACACACCGUUCAUGUUCAGACACAUUCAUAAGGUUCAUCACAAGUGGGAAACCCCUAUCGCCAUUACCGCAGGUCUCUGCCAUCCGAUAGAACACGUUUUAUGCAAUAUAUUUCCGAUUACUCUUGGACCUGUGGUUUUAGGAAGUCAUUUAAUCACUACCUGGCUGUGGUUUUGUAUUGCCACAUUAUCGACACUGGUGUUGCAUUCCGGUUUCCGCAUUCUUCGGUUUCCCGAAUCUGAAGUCCAUGACCUCCAUCAUAUCAAGCACAGCAAGAAUUAUGGUAAUGUAGGAUUGAUGGAUCGACUCCAUGGAACGAUUGAAUUUCCAAAGAGGAUUAGGACAUAGGAAUUUUUCCAACUAUCAAUGCUUUAAGUUUUGAUGUAUUUUUUCAGAAAAAAAUCCAGUCAUUUUCUUUGAAGUGAAGUUUUUAAAAUAACUUGUAUGUGUAUGUGUGGAAAUGUAAAACCUGUAUGGUUUAUCGUAUCAGAAAUUUACAACAUUGAGAAAAAUGUUCAUCAAAGAUUGAAAUACAUUCUUGCUAAAUAAAAUGCUGUGUCUCUUCGUUUU